AUGGUUAGAAUUAGAGGAGAUUCUACAAGUGCCGGACAGUCUUUUAGACUUAGACAUGAAGACAUUGAAAUUGUGGAACCGUCUACCAAAGCACCUAAAAAGAAGAUUGUGACCCAUGGUGGUAAAGUGAAGCAAACUGCCCAAAGAAAAAGAGUUUCUCCAACUGCUGAACCAUCUGAUGAGCAGAUGGAAGAGCAGAACUCUGAAGGAAACACGGUUGGUGGAAAUGAGGAACCAGAACGGGCUACCCAGGAUGAUGAAACUGUCACAAGGAAAUCUCUAAGGACAAGGACUGAGACUCAAAAUGUUGGGUCAUCUGCCACACAAACCUCGAAAAGGAAACGUUCUGGGAAGAAUCCAGUAUCUCAGCCCAAAGAGCCAAGACCUGAGCCCACAGGGCCAACUACUGGUAUUGAGGCCACACCAGCUUCUAGCUCUCAGCCCAAGGAUAAAGGCAAGGCUCCAGCUACUGAGGAGGCAUAUGAAGAAGACGAUGAAGAAACUGAGGAAGAAGUGGAUCCUGAACAGUUUCGUCUGGCCAGGAGGAGGCCUGGAUCAUCUAAAAUCACUAUCUAG